AUGUUCAUUUUGAUGGUAGUAUUUUUCCUUCUCCACCAUCCACUUCUCAUGGCAAAUUUCAUCGAUCCCUGGUGCUUUUGGAGAACAAAUUUGAAUGAAGUCAAGGAAAAAAACUUGGAUAUAAAUUGUGCCUUCAUCCUUGGAGCAGUUCAGUUGCCUAUGGAGAAAGAUUAUUUCAAUGAGACUUUGAAUGUCCUAAAAACAACUAAAAACAACAAAUAUGCCUUGGCAUUAGCCUUUUCAAUGGAGGAAAUCAACAGGAACCCUGAUCUUUUACCAAAUAUGUCUUUGGUUAUAAAACAUACUUUGAGCUAUUGUGAUGGAAAUACUGCAGACCAUAUAUUUAAAGAAAAAUUUUAUAAGCCUUUACCUAAUUAUGUCUGUAAUGAAGAGACUAUGUGUUCAUUUAUGCUUAUAGGGCUGAAUUGGGUAUUGUCUCUAACACUUUUUAAAGACUUGGACAUCUUCUCAUUUCCACGUUUCCUUCAAAUUUCCUAUGGACCUUUCCAUUCCAUCUUCAGUGAUAAUGAACAAUUUCCAUAUCUCUAUCAGAUGACCCCAAAGGACACAUCACUAGCAUUGGCAAUUGUCUCCUUCUUACUUUACUUCAAUUGGAACUGGGUUGGGCUUGUCAUCUCUGAUAAUGAUGAAGGCAAUCAAUUUCUCUCAGAGUUGAAAAAAGAGACCCAAAACAAGGAAAUUUGCUUUGCCUUUGUUAACAUGAUGUCAAUCCAUGAGCAUUCAUCUUAUCAAAAAACUGAAAUGUACUACAAUCAAAUAGUGAUGUCAUCAACAAAUAUUAUUAUCAUUUAUGGGAAAACAAACAGUAUCAUUGAAUUGAGCUUCAGAAUGUGGGUAUCUCCAGUUAUACAGAGGAUUUGGGUCACAAACUCAGAGUUGGAUUUCCCGACAAGUAUGAGAGACUUCACUCAUGGCACAUUCUAUGGGACUCUGACAUUUCUACACCACCAUGGUGAGAUUUCUGGAUUUACAAAUUUUUUCGAGACAUGGGACCAUCUCAGAAGCAGAGAUUUAAAUCUAUUAAUACCAGAGUGGAAGUACUUUAGCUAUGAUGCCUCAGGAUCUAACUGUAAAAUAUUGAGGAACUAUUCAUCCAAUGCCUCAUUGGAAUGGAUAACAGAACAGAAGUUUCACAUGGCCUUUAAUGAUUAUAGUCAUAGUAUAUAUAAUGCUGUGUAUGCCAUGGCCCAUGCCCUCCAUGAGACUAAUCUGCAAGAGGUUGAUAAUAAGGAAAUAAGAAAUGGGAAAGGAGCAAGUACUCACUGCUUGAAGGUAAACUCAUUUCUCAGAAAGACCCACUUUACUAAUUCUCAUGGAGAGAGAGUGAUUAUGAAACAGAGAGUGAGAGUACAGGAAGACUAUGACAUUGUUCACAUUCAGAAUUUCUCACAACACCUUCGGAUUAAGAUGAAGAUAGGAAAGUUCAGCCCAUAUUUUACACAUGGUGGACCCUUUCACUUAUAUGAAGACAUGAUUCAGUUGGCCACAGGAAGUAGAAAGAUGCCGUCCUCUGUGUGCAGUGCAGAUUGUAGUCCUGGAUUCAGAAAAUCCUGGAAGGAGGGAAUGGCCCCCUGCUGUUUUAUUUGCAGCCUGUGCCCUGAAAAUGAAAUUUCUAAUGAGACAAAUAUGGAUCAAUGUGUGAAUUGUCCAGAAUACCAAUAUGCCAACACAGAAAAGAACAAAUGCAUUCAGAAAGACGUGAUUUUUCUAAGCUAUGAAGACCCCUUGGGAAUGGCUCUUGCCUUAAUUGCCUUCUGUUUGUCUGCAUUCACAGCUGUGGUACUUUGGGUCUUUGUGAAGCACCAUGACACUCCUAUUGUGAAGGCCAAUAACAGAAUCCUCAGCUACAUAUUAAUCAUGUCACUAAUGUUCUGUUUUCUCUGCUCCUUUUUCUUCAUUGGCCAUCCUAACAGAGGUACCUGUAUCUUACAGCAAAUCACAUUUGGCAUUGUAUUCACUGUGGCUGUUUCCACAGUUCUGGCCAAAACAAUCACUGUCAUUCUUGCUUUCAAACUCAGAGACCCAGGGAGAAGUUUAAGAAACUUCCUGGUAUCUGGUGCACCCAACUACAUUAUUCCUAUAUGUUCCUUAUUGCAAUGUAUUCUGUGUGCAAUUUGGCUAGCAGUUUCUCCUCCUUUUGUUGAUAUUGAUGAACAUUCUGAGCAUGGCCACAUCAUGAUUGUGUGCAACAAGGGCUCCAUUAUGGCAUUCUACUGUGUCCUAGGAUACUUGGCCUGCCUGGCGCUUGGAAGCUUCACUACAGCUUUCUUGGCAAAGAAUCUGCCAGACACAUUCAACGAAGCCAAGUUCUUGACCUUCAGCAUGCUAGUGUUCUGCAGUGUCUGGGUCACCUUUCUCCCUGUGUACCAUAGCACAAGGGGCAGGGUCAUGGUUGCUGUUGAGAUCUUCUCUAUCUUGGCAUCCAGUGCAGGGAUGUUUGGAUGCAUCUUUGCACCCAAAAUCUACAUCAUAUUAAUGAAACCAGAAAGAAAUUCUAUACAAAAGUUCAGGGAGAAAUCAUAUUUCUAAACAAAUAUUUCAGGAAUUUAGUUGAAUAUUAAGUUGGUAUAUACCCACCAAAUAUUUGGUUAUUGUGCAUGUAUAGAGUUUUAGAAUCAGUCUUACUGAUUCCUCUAUUGCUGUCUAGAGGUAUCUUAUCUACCAGUCUUGCAUACAUUGUCCAUAAAAUCUUGUACUCAUUCACUUCUUUAGUUUCCUCUGAGAAAACUAAAUUUCUCAAAUUAUUACUAAAAUGUAAUUCAACAUUAUGCUUUCAUGGAUAUUUCCCCCUGGUUACAUCAGAUAAAUUUGAUAAGACAGCUGAUUUUGUUACCUUAUAUAGAAGGUAUAUGAAUGUCCUGCCUUACAGGACAGAGAGGAAUUACACUUAGAAACCGUCUAUCAAGUCAAACAUUCAAUCAUACUGAAAAAUAAACUAAAGGAUCAACAGAGAUAAAAAGCAGAAUACAUUUUCUGUUUUCUAGUCGGAGCAUAUACAUGACAGAAUUCUGUUUUUAUUUACAGUUGCUCUUCAAGGUUUUGGUCAAUAGUCUAAGAUGCAAAUGUUUUCUUUUUUUUCUGAUCUCAAAAAAAAUAUUAUAGCCAACAAUUGAAAGAAGCCAGUGACCACUGUGUUUAAAUUAGGAACUAGUUUGAGGAUCCUGAGAAGGAGGGUGACUCAUUGGAAGACCAGCAGUCUUAUCUAACCUGAAUAACAAAGAAUUUUCAGACACUGAGCCUCUAACCGGGCAGCAUACACCAGUUGAUAUGAAGCCCCCAACAUAUAUGCAACAUAGGAUGUCCUGGUCUGGCCUUGGUGAGAGAAGACACACCUAACCCCCAAGAGACAUGAUGCUCAAGGGAUUGGGAAGGUGUGGGAGUUGGGAAGGUGGGGACUACUUCUUGAUGCUGGGAAAGGAGAUAUGGGGUGAGGAAGUGUCAGUGCUCAGACUGGGAAAGGGAUAAUGAGUUCACAGUAAAAAAAAUGUUAAAGAAUAAAAAUCUAAAACAAAAUUAAA